AUGAGUAAACGUUCUUACAUGGAAACUGUAAUCAAAGAUCUGAUUCUGAGAUCUGUCAGUGAAGUGGAUGUUGAUUUUGUUAAGGAAUUUAAUUCUCAAAAACUACACAAUGCGUGUGAUUUAGUUGGAAGGAAGAAGAUUUAUGUUAGGCUUCUUCUUAGCAUUGACCGUAGAGAAACAACAGAGUCUGCAAUGGAAACUGUUAAGCUUGCGUUGGAAAUGAGAAAUGAAGGUGUUGUUGUUGGUAUUGAUCUUUCUGGGAAUCCUCUUGUUGGAGAAUGGUAA